GCUCCGCGAAGCCGCUUGCCGGAGCUUCUGAAGGGAUGGGGACGGCGGGGGACGGCGGGCAGUGUUGCGGUCGUCGCCGUCGCUCCCCUCCUUCCCCCUGGGGCGCUGGGAGGUGCGGAAGCCCCGCUGCGGCCGCCUGCGAAGAGAGGAGAGAAUGGUCAUCUAUUCUGGAUUUAGCUCAGUAGAACAUGGAUGAAGAAAAUUAAGUCGUUACUGGAGCUGGAACCUUUUUUAUUACCUUUACAGUUAUGCUGCCAACUUAGCUGUUUUGAAGAUUCUUCUUCAUCAGUAUACAAAGCUUGAACCACAAUGACUUCGGGUUUGUGGAGUCAAGAGAAAGGCAGCUCGACAUAUUGGGAAGAGCGUAUAUUUUACUUGCUUCUCCAGGAAUGUAGUAUUAUAGACAAACAGACUCAAAAGCUAUUAAAAGUACCUAAAGGUAGCAUUGGUCAGUUUAUUCAAGAAAGGUCUUCAGGUGGACACAUCAGGAACAACCCUUCAUCCAAAGGCAAGAAAUUGCAAAUAGGAAUAAAGAUUUUGGAACAGCCCCAUGUGGUCCUGUUUGUUGAUGAGAAAGAAAUUGUUGAUAUAGAUGAAAAACAAGCAGAGCUGCUAUUGGCAAUUACCAAUUGUGAGGAAAGAUACAGUAUAUUUAAAAGCAGAAGCAGACUGCGUAAGGGCCUCCACAUUGAUGUUGGUUCAGCAGUGAAAGUGCAGCUGAGAUCAGGGGAAGAGAAAUACCCUGGAGUAGUUCGCUUCAGAGGCCCUUUAAUACAAGAGAGAUCACUGUCCGGUAUAUUUUUUGGAGUGGAGCUUCUGGAAGAAGGUCGUGGUCAGGGCUUUACUGACGGACAGUACCAAGGCAAACAGCUGUUCAGAUGUGAUGAGGACUGUGGAGUGUUUGUUGCACUAGACAAACUUGAACUGAUGGAAGAUGAUGACAAUGAACUGGAGAAUGACUAUGCAGCUCCAGUUGACUCAGUGCAGGUAGACCUUCCUCCUUUGGAGCUCAACUCCAGGGUUUCUGUGAAGAUAGGGAAGAAUAUAGAGUAUGGGACAGUUAUAUUCUGUGAUGUCAUACCAGGAAACGAAAGUUUAGGAUACGUUGUUGGAGUGGACAUGGAUAAUCCAAUUGGAAAUUGGGAUGGAAGAUACAAUGGACAACAGCUCUGUAGUUUUGCAAGUGUUGAAAGCACACUUCUUUUGCAUAUCAAUGAUGUUAUCCCAGAGGCCAUGUCUCAGGACAGGAGACCUCCCAAACUUGGCUAUCCUUCUAGAGGUGGUGGUGACAAAGUUUUCAGUCAUGGCAAGCCGAAGUCUACAGGUGCACUCUCUGAUCCUGGAAACCGAAACAGAACAGAAUUUUUCUACACCUUGAAUGGCUCCUCAGUAGAUUCUCAAGCACAGCCAAAAUCAAAAAAUACAUGGUAUAUUGAUGAAGUGGCUGAAGACUCUGCAAAAUCACUUAAUGAUUCCUCUUCUGGAUUUGGGCAUUCUUCCCCACCGCUGCAGCCUCCCCCGACUAAUAGUUUAUCUUCCGAAAACAGAUUUCAUUCCCUGCCUUUCAGUCUAACAAAGAUGUCAAGCACCACCAACAGUACUAUCGGACACAGCCCCCUGUCCUUAUCUGUUCAGUCAGUUAUUGGAGAAGGGGCUCCUGGGGCAACCCAGGAGAGUCCACCAGCAACAGUAGCACCUAUCAACAUGCAUGGCCUCGAAGCCGGUUCUUUAGCAGAAGUGAAAGAGAACCCUCCGUUCUAUGGAGUAAUCCGCUGGAUUGGGCAGCCGCCAGGGGUCAAUGAAGUGUUAGCAGGCCUUGAACUGGAAGAUGAAUGUGCAGGUUGCACCGAUGGGACUUUUAAAGGAACUCGCUACUUUACCUGUGCGCCAAAGAAGGCUCUAUUUGUCAAAUUGAAGAGUUGUCGACCUGAUUCUAGAUUUGCUUCAUUGCAGCCUGUGUCCAAUCAGAUUGAACGUUGCAAUUCCUUGGCUUUUGGAGGCUAUCUCAGUGAAGUGGUAGAAGAAAACACUCCUCCAAAAAUGGAAAAAGAAGGUUUAGAAACAAUGAUUGGAAAGAAAAAGGGAAUCCAGGGUCAUUAUAAUUCCUGCUACUUAGACUCCACCUUAUUCUGCCUAUUUGCAUUCAGUUCUGUUUUGGAUACAGUCUUGCUUCGACCAAAAGAGAAGAAUGAUGUAGAAUAUUACAGUGAAACUCAAGAACUUCUGCGGACAGAGAUAGUAAAUCCUCUUCGAAUAUAUGGAUAUGUGUGUGCCACAAAAAUAAUGAAGUUGAGAAAGAUACUGGAAAAAGUUGAAGCAGCAUCGGGAUUCACUUCUGAAGAAAAAGAUCCAGAAGAAUUUCUGAAUAUUUUGUUUCAUCAUAUUUUAAGAGUAGAACCACUCUUAAAAAUAAGAUCAGCAGGGCAAAAAGCUCAAGACUGCUAUUUCUAUCAGAUCUUUAUGGACAAGAACGAGAACGUUGGAGUUCCUACUAUACAGCAAUUACUGGAAUGGUCUUUCAUCAACAGCAAUUUGAAAUUUGCAGAGGCACCAUCAUGUCUGAUAAUUCAGAUGCCUCGAUUUGGCAAGGACUUCAAAAUGUUCAACAAAAUUUUUCCCUCUCUGGAAUUGAAUAUCACAGACCUGCUGGAAGACACUCCAAGGCAGUGCCGUAUAUGUGGAGGACUUGCAGUAUAUGAAUGUCGUGAAUGUUACGAAGAUUCAGACAUUUCUGCUGGCAAAAUCAAACAGUUUUGCAAGGCUUGCAACACGCAAGUUCACCUUCACCCCAAAAGGCAGAGUCAUAAAUUCAACCCAGUGUCACUUCCAAAAGACUUACCAGACUGGGAUUGGAGGCAUGGCUGUAUACCUUGUCAGAAGAUGGAGCUCUUUGCUGUUCUUUGUAUAGAGACAAGCCACUAUGUGGCUUUUGUUAAAUAUGGCAAGGAAGAUUCCUCUUGGCUCUUUUUUGAUAGCAUGGCUGAUCGGGAUGGAGGUCAGAAUGGUUUUAACAUUCCUCAAGUGACUCCGUGCCCAGAAGUUGGCGAGUACCUGAAAAUGUCUCUCGAUGAAUUGCACUCUCUGGACUCAAGGAGAAUUCAAGGCUGUGCACGAAGACUGCUUUGUGAUGCUUAUAUGUGCAUGUAUCAGAGCCCAACGAUGAGUUUGUACAAGUAAAAGUAAAAGUAGAUGACUAAUAAGAAGGGAGCAUCUUCCCAGUUACUUGACUGUGACCCAAGAACUCUCAACAGAGCUGUCGGCUCCUCUGCUUGUGCAUCUGUUGCUGGCAAUGGAUGCUUCAAAGGUUGUGGAAAUCAAAUAACUAGAAAGAAGAAGCAAAUAUUUUAAAGAAAAGGGGGAAAAGAAACAAUGUGGUGUUUUGUUGCUAAAUACUUGAGUAUUUUGCACCCUUGGAAGUGUGUGUGUGUGUGUUUUUUAAAUAAAAAAGUCGAAAUGAAGCGAUUGCAAUGUUUAGGCUGUGUUUCAGAGAACUUGCACGCGUAGAGUGCAGAGUGCAUCCCCUGCGGAAUGUUCUGCUUGGAUCUGAUCCAGGGAACUGCACAGCCUAAAGGAAGAGGACUACAUUUUGGGGUUUGUAAGUUUCCCAGCAUCGUAUCCAUUGUGUCUGUAAGACAGAGCUUUGACCUGCGCCUUGGCACCAAGGCUUUUGUUUCUUAUUUUGACCUGGCAUAAGUUAAAUGAAAAAACAAAA